UUCUGAUUUGUCUUCAAUUUGGCUUCGUGUAGGACCUAGUUGAUCGGAUAUUAGCCAUCCUCACUAUGGACAAAGUUUCAGGAUUUCAUGCCACAAAAAAUGCUGCGGGGAAAGAGGUAGUAGCAAAGCUUGUGGAUGAUACUUACAGGAAAAUGUAUGUUUCUGGGGUAGCUGAUUUACCAUCAAACUCACUAGGUGUUUCAGACGGCAGUAAUGCAAAACUUGAAGAGGAAACUGAAGAUCCUAUUCAAAUGGCUAAGAUCCGCUGCCUCUGUAGAAGCACAUUAGCUACUGAUCCGAUGAUCAAAUGUGAAGAUCCUACGUGUAAUGUCUGGCAGCAUAUAGCAUGCGUGGUGAUUCCUGAGAAACGCAAGGAUGGUGUUCUACCAAAUCCCCCAGAGCUUUUUUACUGUGAAAUUUGUAGACUGAAUCGUGCAGACCCUUUCUGGGAGACAAUUUCACAUCCUUUACAUCCUGUGAAGUUGACUAUCACAGAUGUUCCUACAGAUGGCUCAAAUCCUGUUCAGACCGUUGAAACAACAUUUCAACUAACAAGGACGUCCAUGGCCUUGUUAUUGAAAAAGGAAUUUGAUGUUCAGGCUUGGUGUAUGCUUCUUAAUGACAAGGUGCCAUUCCGGAUGCAGUGGCCACAGUAUGCAGACCUACAGCUCAAUGGUGUACCGAUGCAGGCAAUAAACAGACCUGGCUCACAAUUAUUAGGAGCAAAUGGUCGAGAUGAUGGACCUGUUAUUACAGUAUGCACCAGAGAAGGAAUUAAUAAGAUAUCCUUAACAGGACGUGAUGCUCGUGUAUUCUGUUUAGGAGUCAGGAUGGUAAAACGGCGUACUCUGCACCAGGUUCUCGACAUGAUUCCUAAAGACACCGAAGGUGAGAGUUUUGAAGAUGCAGUUGCUCGUGUUCGCCGUUGUGUUGGUGGUGGGACCACAAAAGAAAAUGCUGAUAGUGACAGUGAUAUUGAAGUGGUUGCUGACACUGUUCCUGUCAAUCUUCGUUGUCCUGUAAAAUCUGUUGUCAAGGAAAAUCAUAUGGCCAGACUUGCCGAAUUUAUCCCCAUGCAUGUAUGUCGAAGAACUAGAACUGAUGCCUGGGUUGGAGAUAGGAUUUUUGAUAGUGAGAACCUUCACUUGCUCUCACUUUUUCUUUUCCUGUUUCCCUUGAUUUUGAUAAUUGACUAUUGUUUUCAUUCUGGAGACAUUAUCUCAGUAGAAAUUAAGCUUUUCAGUGAAUGUCUUUUAUGCAUUCUUUUAGUUUUAUUCACCUUACGAAAAUGUAGGUGACGACAGACGAUCAUAGACAAGAACUAGAAUUGUAGAUGAAGGGGAAAAGGAAGAGAGAGUGGAGAAGAAUAGAAGGGAGGGGGAGAGAGAAAGAGAAAGGGUAUAGUCUUUAUUCAAUAAUCAAGUCUAAAGGGUAUAGUCUUUAUUCAAUAAUCAAGUCUAACUUUUACAGUGAGAAACCCUUCUCACUUGUACUAAAAAUCUCUAACAAACUAUGGAAACUACUUAAUAACAACAACAACAACAACAACAACAUGGAAAAUCCAUCUAAAUAAUUGUAAAAUAACUCAUAUUAAUUUCUAUAGCAAGUCUUCGAUAGAUAGUCUUCUAAUAGUAUCUCGAGGAUCUCUAUCAGCAGGCUACUGUAUGCUUAAAGAAAUAAUUCUAGCCAUUGAGAAAAAAACUUAUUAUAUCCAGGAAAAUGUCAAUGUGUAAUCUCU